ACAUUUCUCCCAAUUUGUUAGGUUUUGCUCAUAUUUUCCCACAUUCGAAGUAUUGAGAGUUUAUUUUUCCAUAAAAGAACCGAUUUUCUUCCUAAAUCCAGCUGUGCGGUCAUUUUUCACGUAGGCAUAUUUUUUCUCACAAUUUUAAGGAUUUCUGCGUUCUUUAUCAAAUGAAAGGUCCCAUUUCUUCCAAUUUUUAGGUUUUCUGGUUCUCUGCGUUCCAUCUUUGAAUGAAUCUUCGAUUGUAUUUUUAUAUAAAUGUCGAGAAAACGAAAAAUGUCACAGUCGAAAAAGCCAAGCUUACCACGCCGUCCAAUUAUUCAAAAUCUCACAUUCAUGGGAACUGAAUUGGGAUGCCCAUUGUUAGUUCAGGACAUGGAUUCCAUGAACAAACGUGGUGAAGAGCCUCCGGAGAACGCUGACGUGAAGCGAUUCAUAUCGUUCGCCACAAUUCCAGCGUGUUGUCUGCAUUCAAAAGGAACCGGCCAAGACGCUCAGUCCGCAGACGAGUCGGCAGGUUACGCAAUGCUCGACUUUUUCAAACUUUACAUCUCUAAUGGAUUCAGAAGUAAACUUCUCAAUUGUGCAAGUGAUGAAGAAGUAAAAGAGUUGAUUCCUCAAGUUCAACCACUUUUUGAACAAUUCAAAGCUGCAAUUGCAGCUGAUUUUCUGUCGAUCAGCAGAUGCACUCAAUUCGAGUUGACUCCAGCAGCGAGGGCACGCGGAAAAGAGCUUAAAAAGCGUGUUCUGACAAAUUUAAAAAACGCGGGAGUUGGAUACACAACGGUUACUCCUAAGAAAACUUUAAAAAAUGAUGAUGAUGACGUGGAAGAAGACGUGCCGAAUGAAACAGUGGACCCCAGUGAUGCUCCAGGAUCAUCAUCCAGUGAUGAUAUUGUUAUCGUUAGAGAAGUUGCGAGCGAAGCAUCGCCCAAACUUCGCAAGAUGCGAGAAAUGGACGGAGCGAAGAAGAAGCUCAUCGAAGAAGCUACAAUGCGCCUGGGUGAAAACCGCCGAUCUCCAUCUCUCGACUCUGACACCUACUUUGGAGAAUGUCAACAGCUGCUUCACGGUCCAACAGAAGUCUACUGUGCCCGUCCCGAAUCGAACCAGUUUGUCCAGCAGUACGAAGAAGCGAAUUCAACUGAAGCAUCUGAGGAUGAAGACAAGGAAGCUGUACCGAUGAAGCGUGCUCGAGUGGAUAUAGAAGAAGACGACGACGACGUCAUUGUUCUGAAUAUGACCACCUCUUCUGGAGUUUCGGAUAAAAAAGACGUUUCAGGUUCUGAGGACGAAAUAGGUGAUAUAGUUGACGAGUGGGAUGCAAAUGACGAGGAGGAGAAGACUGACGAACUGGAAGAGCUUGAAGAUGACGAUAUUCAGAUAAUUGAGGCAGGGGAUCAAGGAAACGGUGUAGAAGAGGUCUCAAGCACAGUGAUUUCGGUGGAGACUCCCAACAGUUCUUCAGAUGAGAAUAAGAUCUACAAUGGCCACCAAACGCAUCAAAUUUUCCGAGAAGUUCGCCAGUUGCCAGUCAAUUAUCAGGCACGAACCAUCGGUGUAGUGCUCAACGAGCGGAUCGCUGGCUCCGUCGAGAAGUUUGUGAACUCGAUCACCAAAAAGUCGUUCAAUUCUGUCAAACAAUUGUCUAAAUUGGCAUGGGAUCACUACCUGGGAAAUGCACAACCGGAUUUUGUGUUUCUCAAGAAAAUGGAGGCUCGUCAAAAGCUAUUCUCGGAGAUCAAGAAGCUGUUCCCUGACACAGAGAUCAAGCUCCAGACAACUGGCUCAACAGUGAACGGAUGUGGAUCUUUCAACUCUGACAUGGAUCUUUGUCUAUGCUUUCCGACAAAUGGAUAUAAAGGACAAGUAUGCGACGAUUUUCACUGCGACAGAAAUUAUUCGACGAAAAUUCUUCGCAAAAUUGAUAAGGCGUUUCGAAGAUCGCAUUGGAGCCAUCCUCUGAAGAAGAUAAUCAAGACAAUGCAGCUGGUGCCGGCGAAAGUUCCAAUUGUGAAAAUGAUUUUGAAUGGAGAAUUUGAUGGAAUUGAGGUUGAUAUUAAUGUUAAUAAUAUCGCAGGAAUAUACAAUUCACAUCUCAUUCAUUACUAUUCAUUAACGGAUGCCCGGCUCCCAGCUCUGGCCCUACUCGUGAAGCACUGGGCGAUGGUUACUGGAAUCAAUAACGCACAGGACGGAUUUCUGAAUAGUUACACGACGAUUCUUCUCGUUGUGCACUAUCUUCAAUGCGGUGUCACUCCAGCAGUCAUUCCGAACUUGCAAUACUUGUUCCCGCACAAGUUUGAUCGAAAACUUCCGCUUAAUGAGCUUCUUCUGUUUGGCGAUAUUGCGGACAAGUUGCCCACAAGUCCUCCCAACACGUGGUCGCUUGGAGAGUUGCUCAUCGGAUUCUUUCAGUACUAUAAUGAAUUCGAUUUCACUAAUUUCGGAUUUUCAAUCCGCUCGGGUCAAGUCAUUCCUCGGGAAAAUCUCCCCCGUGAUCUCAUCAACAGUCCGAUUGUCGUUGAGGAGCCGUUUGAUGCGAUCAACACAGCCAGAACUGUACGCGAUGUUAGCCACAUGAAAUCUAUCAAAUCCGCCUUCCGCUGUGCCGUCCAAAUAAUCUCUUCAAAUAAAAAUUUUACAAUGCGUGAUCUCGGUGUAAACGUCACAGAAUUUGACUAAAAAGUUAAUUUGUUCUUUUUUUUUAUUCGCUUCUUUUUUCUUAUAGUGUUCGUAUAGUGUUAAUCAAUACAUACUUUGUAAUAUUA